AUGGACCGCCUCGCCGACGGCCUCGCCGCGGCAUCCCUCUCCGACACCGCGGACCAGAGCGCCGCCGCCGCCGCAGCCGCCGCCGGUGUGCCUAGCGCCGAUUACCUCGUCAGCGUCAUGCGCGCCGUCGAGGGCGCCGAGGCCACCAUGCGCAGCCAGCUGGAAGAGAAUAACCGGCUCAAGGAAGAGCUGAUGAGGAAAACACAACAGCUACAGAGGAUGAGCGAAGGUGCUACAUCCCAAAGUUCUUUCAGUGGAUUAGGUCAAGAGCGCAAUUCUGUUUCUAAUAAAAUGGAUGGCUUCAGCUCUUCAGUAAAUCCUCAAAGUACCUUGAUCCAUCGUCAGAAUGGAAGUUUUGAAAGUAGAGAGCCUCUGACUCAGGAAAGCUUGAAACAAAAAUACCUUGACAGUCCCCAGGCAAAUGGAGCAUUUAAAAGAUCAUUAGGAGAACAGACUGCUGUUGAUAGUGGUGGCCCAUCACAAUUCUCUACUCCCUCAUCUCGGUCCCUUUCUCCAAAUAGGCAUAGAAAAGAUGGAGAUUAUGAUUCUAGGUUAUUACCAGUUUCAGAGAUGAACUCGAACAUAUCCUGGAAGCAGGACCUUACUGUUAAGGUCAAAGAAGGGGAAGAAGAGAUUGCACAAUUAAGAAAGCAUCUUGCUGAUUACUCUGUGAAGGAAGCGCAGAUACUCGAUGAUAAAUACAAGUUAGAAAAACGGAUUUCUUAUAUGCGUAUGGCAUUUGACCAGCAGCAGCAAGAUUUAAUUGAUGCAGCAUCAAAAGCUUUGUCAUACAGGCAAGACAUUAUUGAGGAAAACAUCCGUCUCACGUAUGCGUUGCAGGCAGCCCAACAAGAAAGAUCAAUUUUCAUAUCUUCUUUGCUUCCUCUUCUAUCUGAAUAUGAUGACCUCCAGCCUUCAGUUCUCGAUGCUCAGUCAAUUGUUAGUAAUUUAAAGGUUUUGUUUAAGCAUUUGCAGGAGCGACUUAUUGUUACUGAGGACAGAUUAAGGGAGUCUCGAUACCAGAUUACUCCAUGGCAUACUGAAUUGUCGAAUAAUACCAGCAAUCCUGUAUCUACUGAUCCUCCUGCUGGAAAAGCAUUGGUGACUACAAGCAAAAGCAGCUUUGAUAUUGUCCCCCAGACAGUGUAUCCUCACGUACAAUCCCCAAUGUCUUCCCCUGUUCAAGCUAGAGGUGAUUGGGGUGCAUUUGGUAACAAAAACCAUCAAGAUAUUUCAAAUGAGGUUCCUACAAGAAAUGCUGGACAUGAUGACAUGGGAGGGACCUCUCUUUCAAGCAGAAACCAAUAUAGGACUGAUGUUCCUACUCAAGUAUCUCAAGGUGAUUCCCAUGCUGUUCAUUUUGACUUUGAGACUCAAAGUCAAAACCCACCAUUCAAGGGUCUUAGCAGAAAUGAUGUACUGGAUGGUUCAGAGAGUGCUGAAGCCCAAAACACACAAGAACCUUCUACUCGAUGGGGUCCAGGGGACUCAUCUAAUUUGGUAUCUGGCCUUGAGGAUGCAAACCCUUCAUAUCCUUAUCUUCCUACAGUUCUUGAGGAGCCUGGUUCUUCUUUCUCUGAAGCUGCAGAGGAUGAUCCAUUGCCAGGCAUAGAAGGGCUUCGAAUCACAGGUGAACCUUUUCCUGGACGAGAACUUCAAGCAAGUGGAUACCCCACCAAUGGUACCACAACUUGUAAUUUUGAGUGGGUGCGCCAUUUAGAAGAUGGCUCCGUGAAUUUCAUAGAAGGAGCAAAGCAGCCUAGCUAUGUCGUUACCGCCGAUGAUGUGGACACUUUACUAGCCAUUGAAGUCCAGCCCCUAGAUGAUAGGAAAAGAAAGGGAGACUUUAUCAAGGUUUAUGCUAAUGACCAGAGAAAAAUUUCAUGUGAUCCUGAAACAAAGGAGCUUAUUAAGAGAACCCUUGAAAUUGGGCAUGUGACCUACGAAGUCCAAGUCCAACCGCCUCAGGUCAGAUUUUUAGACAUAUGGGAACCAGCUGUGUUGGCAAUAAAGAGGGAAGGUUACAGCAUUAAAUGUAAUGGGCAGCGUGGUGUUGUUAUCACAGAGAAGUUUCAGCAAGGAACUGCUAUUCAUAUUCCAUAUGGGCGUCCAACAGAGUUCUCGAUUACAUCUGCUGCAUCUGCUGAUGGUGUCAGUUAUAAUCUGAAGCCAGUAGAAAAUACACUGUUGCGGGAUACCAUUGUUCUAGUAUUAAGGUUGUUCAAAAAUAUGGCUAUUGAGAGGAGAAGAGGAAGAAAGAAGGGUCUUUUCUUCAAGUAG